AUGUCCGCCAUCAAAAACGUCACCAUUGUCGGUGCUGCCGGCAACCUUGGCACAUCCGUCUUCAGCAAGCUCGUCGACUCGGGCAAGUUCAACAUCCAAGUCCUAAGACGACCCGAUUCCACCACUCAAUAUCCCGCUGGCACAAAAGUCGUAGACGUCGACUUCUCCUCUGUUGACGACCUUACAGCCGCUCUCAAGGGCCAAGAUGCUGCGAUUGCACUCUUCGGUGCCACCUCCCUCGGCCUUCAGUACGGGUUGAUUGACGCAUCCAUCAAGGCCGGAGUUAAGCGUUUUAUCCCCUCCGAGUUUGGCGGCGAUGUAGGCCUUCCCAAGAACAGAACCUUGUUGCCUUUCAUUGAAAAAGGCAAGGUCCAGGACUACUUGAGUGAGAAGUCGAAAUCCUCCUCCCUCACAUACACAUAUGUUUACAAUGGCCCCUUUUUGGACUGGGGCAUUCAGCAUAACUUCAUUCUCGAUACCUCAGAUUACCAGCCGACUAUUUACAACGGAGGAGAUGUAGUCUUUAAUACUACUUCUCUGGAUACCAUUGCCAAUGGUGUGGUUGCGGUGCUCUCACACCCAGAUGAGACCAAGAAUAGGGCCGUCUACCUUGGAGACUUUAAGGUGUCGCAGAAUGAUCUUCUAGCCAUUGCGAAGAAGGUGGCACCCAACAAGCCGUGGCAGCCCAAGCACACUACUUUGGAUGAAGCCACUGCCGAGGCAGACAAGAGGCUGGGUCAGGGCGUUGUGGACUAUCAUACCAUUGCUCCGUAUCUGUAUCGAUCUAUUUUCGACCCAGAGCAUGGCGGUAACUUCAAGCAUAAUGACAAUGAGCUGUUGGGCGUGCCGAAGAAGGGCCAGAAGUUUAUCGAGGAAGUGUUUGCCAAGAAGCUGGCCUAG